UUGCGAUAAAUUAAAACAAAAACUAUACCAUAGUAAUGCUAUGCAUCAUCUCAAACUCACGAUGUUGCUAUUAUCACCAUCAACAUCACACACACUUUGGCAUUGCUCUCAUAGAUCCCUGAAGCUGAGAUGCUUUUCUUCUUUAUCAUCUUCAUGCGUUACGCCCUGGUCUGGUCUCCAAUCAUGGAGAGACAGUCCUCUCAACGGAAAUCGCAAGUGGGGUCCACUUGGUCCUCAACCCGAACACGACCUCCAUGAUGAUUCCCCAUUCGGCCAAGCUUCUUCCUUGGCCGAGUUUGGUUCUAUUGUUCUUUCCACCGCCGACCCACUCGCCAAGUCCCGUCUAUCCCACCUUGCAUACUCUCUCUGGCGCCGCCGCAACCUCCCCCUCGGCAUCUCCGAUCCUCCUUCUCGACCCGCCCGACCUGAAAAACCACAACUGGUUUCCACUAAGGAAAUUCCUGCUCCUAAAAGCUCGGGUUUGCCUCUCAAUGCCUACUUGCUUCAUAAUUUAGCACAUGUGGAGCUCAAUGCAAUUGAUUUGGCUUGGGAUACUGUUGUUAGAUUUUCUCCCUAUAGUGACAUUCUUGGGGAGGGGUUCUUUGCUGAUUUUGCUCAUGUUGCUGAUGACGAGAGUCGCCACUUCGCUUGGUGUUCACAGAGGCUUGCUGAACUGGGUUUCAAAUAUGGAGAUAUGCCAGCUCAUAAUUUGCUAUGGAGGGAAUGUGAGAAAUCAUCAGACAACGUUGCUGCACGUUUGGCAGUGAUCCCACUAGUCCAGGAGGCUAGAGGACUUGAUGCUGGGCCACGCUUGGUGCAAAAAUUAGUUGGCUUUGGAGAUAAUAGGACAUCUAAAAUUGUGGCUAGAAUUGCUGAAGAGGAAGUUGCACAUGUAGCAGUUGGGCUCUAUUGGUUUGUUUCUGUCUGUCAAAAAAUGGGUCGUGCCCCGGAUUCCACUUUUAAAGACUUGCUAAAGGAAUACCAUGUGGAAUUAAAGGGUCCCUUCAAUUAUGCGGCUCGAGAGGAAGCUGGCAUUCCCCGUGAUUGGUAUGAUGCACCAUCAAUAAGCAAUCAAGACAAGAAAGAAAACGAUGACAGUAAAAAACAGCUCUCUGAAGUUUAUGAGAGGAUGGCUUCCAUCAUUGCUAUGGAAAGCGAGAAUGCAAGUUUGACAAGGCCACCUGAAUGAUCUUGGCACAAUAUCAUGAGCAAAUUGUCUUCAAUUGGAACUUGUCUCCCAACAGCCAACAAGCCUAAGAGUACGAUAUGCUACUUUGUAGUAAUGAGUUUGGUGAUGCAAUUAUUUCAUUAGCAAGUUGUCAACUUUGACUGCAAGUGCUGAUGCAAAUUCCGAAAUCCACUAUCAAUGAGAAGCGUGAUCAAAAGGGAGUGACAAAAUUGUUUUUUACUUUGCGUGCAUAUAAAUUAUAGUUGUUGCCUGUUAGUAUUGGCAUGAUGUACAUACACAAAUUUACGAAUGCCUAAGAUCAUUAGAGGCUUAGAGCAACACACCCAAGAGAUUGAAGUCAAUGAUCUUGGCUUAGCGUAUUUUAUUUUAUUAUAGGGCCUUUUAUGACUCAUGUAACCGCAGACCUUCAUAUCUUUGAUAUAUUAUUUAGGGUCAAGCACUUUAUCCUUUAAAUUUAUAGGUGUAGUUGCACUUUUCAUCCC